AUUCUGCUGUAGUUCAUUUUAUCACUGCAGUCAUCAUCAGACAAUGAGGUCAGAACCAGCAGGUUCGCAGAGUGACUUGUGACUUGUGGAUAAUCCUGCAGAUUCAACAAUGGUAAAGUAACGAAUGGUUAAGGUCAUGUUCAUUGUGAGGAAUGGAGCGCAAUAAUGCUUUGUGGUAACUCUGGGCAGACGAAAAUAGGCCACCUCUCCCAUUUUCUUGAUAUUUAUUUUCUGAUAUCUGACUAUUGUAUUUGUCGUGAAAUUUAAAUUGUAGACGCUAACAGAUCAUGUGUCACCUCAUGCUUUGAUCAUGUGAAAAAAUUCAGUGUAUUUACCCAUGAUCGGUGCCUUGCCCCGAGGGGUCUUUAAUUCCUGAAUUAGGCAACGGUGAAUUUUCUUCUUAAUAUAUAGAUGCACAGCUCUCCCGCAUGUUCGAGAAAAAUGAGGCAACAGUGACACAGCGCUGGUAGAAAGUAGAAAGUGAAGAAGCGGUUUGAGCAUAUUGCUACUGACAGCUACCUCCGCAAGAUUUGGCCGGUACUGCAAGCUCUGAGUUUCACAACUCUGAACCACUUGCACCGGGACUCUCUGGACUAUCCGGUGGAAUCAGGCCUUGGCAGGACUGAGGCAGAUGUGGGGGGUGACACCGUGCAGGUGAGGUGGUGGCGGUACCUGGCUCUGGCAUCUCCCUUUAUCCGCUUGAUGGAAUGGCAGCAUGGGUAUGGAGACACCAUCAGCAUCUAAACAAGGCCCAAAAGGCAACAGGCAUUGAUCGCUAAUCAGCAUGGCCUCCACAAGUACCCAUCAUGGGAAGUGCAGCAAUCAGUAUUGUGUUCAAACCUGAAGAAAAUAUAUGGGGAUGGCUGGGUGGCUGCACAGCUCAUGGCAGGGACCAAUUUGGAGUCUGCAUCUUCUUUCCCACAUAUAUAUGAUAUUUCCAUAUAUUGUCAGGAUGCUAUUAAACUGCCUUCACCAGAUUACAAUAAACUAUGAACUUCAGAACUUUAAUUUUCGAUAAGUUGGAGUCGACGCUUAAAACUUCAGAGCUUUAUUUACUCCCAAGUACCAACAGCUCUAAAUUUUUGUGCACUGCACCCUUAGUUUUUUAGUGAACAAUACUGAUUGCUGAGGUUAUAAUGCAUCUUGCUAUGUGGGACUAUAGUUUUGUCAAGUAAGGCUAUGUACACAUUGAUAAAUCUGCUUCAGAAUAAUAUUGCUAAUAUCUCACUAUCUGAACAGAGUCAGGUUUAUCAGUUAUUUAUAGAAGACUUGCUUGUUAGAAAAGACCUAAAUAGGUUUUCUUUGUCUAUGUGAAUUUUCGGGGAAUUCUGCUUAUCUUCCACGGAUAGAUGCUACUUCUCCUGUAAUAUCGAAUUGGGUCAUGUGUGUGUGAGCUCUUUGCUUGCCAAAGGAGCUUGUGACUUGCAACUACUACUACUUAUUCAAUGAUCUCUAAUAACUGAAUCAUUUUGUUCAGAUUCUAAUUAUCAGGUCUUUUCCUCAUCUCUUUAUGUUUUGAGGUGUUGGAUGAGAAAGGGUUAAUGGUGGUUGCUACCAUUCUACAAGAAAUUAGAGCUUGCCAUUAUGAGUGCUGUAGUUGAAGUGGGGUUAAUGUUAAACCAUGAUGGUACCUAGGAGACUUCAUCCAUUUGAAUAUUCUACACUCAAGAAACAGAAAGGUGACAGUUGUCAAAUACAUAUUAUGAACCAGCUGAAAUUAAAAUAUUCUUGUAUUCCUCAGAUUAUUUGUGUCAUGCAAACUCCACUUUAGAAAAUUCCAUUCUAAAUUGUUGUUUGAGAUUAUGUACCAUUCUAAUAUGAUCUCAUGGGGAAUUAUUUAGCCCGUAGCAACGCACGGGCACGAUUCUAGUGGAAUUGAAAAGAAUAGAGAUCGCGUAUGACAAGAGUACUCUAGAUUAGAAGUAAUGUAAGAUGUCAGAUUAAUGGACGAUGAGGAGCAUAAGUUUUAGGCUUUGAGGACACGCAGUGCCCCUCCAAUUGCAUACUGAUACUGCUAAAACGAAAGGGGACUGAGGUGACUGGGAUAUCAUCAGUAUCAGAUAUACUAGCAGCUAUGUUCAUGAGCUUCUAUGUGGUGAAACAAGCUGGAGAUGACUAAGCUUGCAUUUUCCACAGAAGCAGCAGCUCUUGAACCCACUGUCCAGCAUCUCCCUCUCCACCCACCAACACUGUGUUUCCCUGUCUACUGCGCGUGUGUUUUGGAGCUCCCGGCGUAGCCAUGGCUGAGGUACUGGCCACCAUGGUGGUCGGGCCACUGCUGUCCAUGGUGAAGGAGAAGGCCUCCAGCUACCUCCUGGACCAGUACCAGGUGAUGGAGGGCAUGGAGGAGCAGCACGAGGUUCUCAAGCGCAAGCUGCUAGCCAUCCUCGACGUCAUCACCGACGCAGAGGAGCAGGCGGCGAAGCACAGAGAGGGGGCGAAAGCUUGGCUUGAGGCGGUCCGGAAGGUGGCCUACAAGGCGAAUGAUGUCCUCGACGAGUUCAAGUACGAGGCGCUUCGCCGCAAAGCCAAGGCGGAGGGCCACUACAAGGCGCUCGGCAUGGAUGUAAUAAAGCUCUUCCCUUCUCACAACCGUGUUGUGUUCCGUUAUAAGAUGGCAAAAAGGCUCUGCAUGAUCUUGCGAGAAAUUGAUGUCCUCGUCGCAGAGAUGAAUGCGUUCAGGUUCAAAUUCAAACCGCAGCCGCAAAUGCCCAUGCAAUGGAGGCAGACGGAUGCUUGCAUCCCCACUGAGUCUGUGGGCAUUGCCAGCAAAUCAAGAGCUCAAGAGACGAAGGUUCUUGUUGAUCGAUUGCUUGCUGGAGCCAGCAGUAAGGAUCUCAUGGUCCUUCCGAUAGUCGGAAUGGGGGGGUUGGGCAAGACCACCUUAGCGCAGCUCGUUUACAAUGACCCUGAAAUUCAGAAGCAUUUCGAGUUGCGGCUCUGGGUGUGUGUCUCUAAUGAUUUUGAUGUGGAUUCCCUGGCUAACAGAAUAGUGAAAGAGAAUGGUUGUCAAGCAAGUGGAAGUUCACGAGCACUGCAUAAUCUGAAAAAGGCAGUGAGUUGGAAGAGGUACCUCCUCGUAUUGGAUGAUGUGUGGAACCGUGAUGAGCCCAGCAAGUGGGAAAGGCUGAAGUCCUACCUUCUGCAUGGUGGCUGCGGUAGCUCAGUGCUGACAACAACUCGCGAUGAAGCUGUUGCUAAACUAAUGAUGGGUACAACUGAAGGAGCCUAUAAACUUGGAAGCUUGGAUGAAGAGUCCAUAGGGAAAAUUAUCAAGGCAAGAGCAUUCGGUUCAAAACAAGAAAAGGAAUGGCCUGGUGAACUAGUUGACAUGGUUGGUGAAGUUGCCCAGAGAUGUGCUGGUUCUCCUUUAGCUGCUACGGCAUUGGGCUCUUUACUGGGUACCAAGACCAACAAGAAAGAAUGGGAGGAUGUACUAAAUGGAAGGACGAUUUGUGAUGAGGAAAAUGGGAUUUUACCAGUACUUGAACUAAGUUACCAUUGCUUGCCAUCAUACAUGCGGCAAUGCUUUGCUUUCUGUGCUAUGUUUCCCAAGGAUUAUGAGAUUGACGUGCAAAUGCUAAUCCACUUGUGGGUGGCCAAUGGUUUUAUCCCGGAGCAAUCAGGAGUGUGUCCUGAAACUAUUGGAGAAAAUACAUUCAAUGAGCUGAAGUCAAGGUCAUUUUUUCAGGUUUUGAAGAAUGUCCCAUUUGAAAAAAUAUAUUCAUAUGAAGAGGGUUAUAAGGACAUGUCUUGUUCUAGAAUUACUUGUAAGAUCCAUCACCUUAUGCAUGAUGUUGCACAGUCUGUUGUGGGAAAAGAAUGUGCUGCAAUAGCUACACACCAAAGUGAAAGAGCGGAUGUUCUUCGUUCAGCUCGUCACUUGUAUUUGUCAAUCCGUCGACCAGAAACUCUUCUGAAUGCUUCCCAAGAGAAAGGAUCUCCAGCUUUUCAAACACUGAUUUGUGACGGAUAUGUACAAGGAGAUUUGAAGAUUUUAUCAAAAUACAACUCUAUAAGAGCUUUAAAGAUCGAUUGUGGUUCAAUCCUAAGGCCGAAAUAUCUUCAUCACCUGAGGUAUCUGGAUCUCUCGAGAAGUGGUAUUAGAGCACUUCCUAAAGACAUUAGCAUCCUAUAUUAUCUGCAAACACUGAACCUUUCUUACUGUGAGUGGCUUGAACGACUUCCAAAGCAACUGAAGUAUUUGACUGGCCUCCGUCACCUCUACACUCAUGGAUGUUGGGAGUUGAAAAGCAUGCCCCCAGAGCUCGGACGCCUAACUUCCCUACAGGCGCUUACAUACUUUGUAGCAGGUGCCGACGACUCCGGUUGCAGUAAUUUGGGAGAGCUGCAGAAUUUGGACCUUGGUGGUACACUGAAGCUAAGCAAGCUAGAAAAUGUGACAGGAGCAGAUGCACAAGCAGCAGGUCUUGGAAACAAGAAAAAACUGACCGAACUGGAGUUAUUUUGGACCGAUAGUGACCAGGAAGCACAGAAUAAUAAUCAUAAAGAGGUGGUGGAAGGUCUCAAACCUCAUGAUGAGUUGAAGGCUCUGAGGAUAAAUCACUGUAGGAGCAGAACUUUUCCAACGUGGAUGAAUACUUUGAAAGGCAUGGUGAACCUGAAAUUAUUCCAUUGCAAAAAGCUCGAAGAGCUUCCUGCACUCUGGGAGCUACCAGCUCUGCAAAUUCUUAGCCUGGAGGGUUUGGAGAGUUUACAUUGUUUGUGCAGCGGUGGUACUACACCCGUCAGAUUUCCAAAACUGAAGGUGCUUACCUUGUUAGAUAUGGCAAAAUUUGAGGCAUGGUGGGAGACAUAUGGGGUACAAGGAGAAGAGCCGAUAUUUCCUGAGGUUGAGAAGCUCGUGAUUGGGAGGUGUAAAAGUUUGACUGCAUUACCAAAAGCAGCGUCGGUGAUUACAGAAUUAUCUGGUAGAGUUGACACUAAGUGCCGCUCUGCAUUUCCAGCAUUGAGGAAAAUGACGCUAGGUGAGUUGACUGUGUUUGAAAGAUGGGAGGCAGCCGAAGGAACUCCAGGAGAAGAGGUAACAUUUCCUCUGCUGGAGUAUGUGGAAAUUUAUGGCUGCCCGAAGUUGACUGAUCUACCUGAAGCACCCAAGCUAAGUGAAUUAUCCAUAACAAAAGGACUUGGUCAACAACAACAACAAAUAUCCCUAGAGGCAGCUAGCAGAUGCAUCCCAUCAUUGUCCCGUCUGGAUCUGGAAGUGUCACCCGAUGACACAGAAACAACAUUGCUGCAUGUCAAGAAGAAAUUGAAUCGUACACUCGCCCUACCACAUAUGAGGUUAGGUUGGUGCGACGUUUUUUUCUCCUCCCGCUCAAGCGCACUGGCGCUAUGGACAUGUUUUGCACAUCUAGUAGAUUUGGAGAUUUGCGAUUGCGAUGCUCUUGUCUACUGGCCAGAAAACGUGUUCCAGGUCCUGGUAUGCCUGAGGAACUUAGUGAUCUCCAGAUGCAGCAAACUGACAGGACGCACACAAGCUUCUGAUGAGCAAUCUGCUCCAGCUCCAGAACGUGGUGGACUCCUGCCAUGCCUGGAGUCUCUAAAGAUAGAAGAAUGUGAAUCUCUGGCAUCUCUACAUAUGUGGAAUUGCAGUGGCUUGUCAGAGGUUGCCAAUCUUCCUCCGUCUAUCAAGAUCUUGUACAUUUCUAACUGCGGCAAGCUUCAAUCCUUAUCAGGUGACUGGUAUACUUAUCAGCUGGAAGAACUCACGCUUCGUAGAUGCGAAAGACUGGUAUCCUUACCGGAUGGGCCUCUAGCAUACUAUUUUCUUAGAGUUCUUUGGAUUGAAAAUUGUGAUGGUAUAAAGUUGCUCCCACCAAGUCUACAGAGCCGUUUGGGUUACCUCGUGGAGAAAGAUCUAGACGCCCGUCACGAAGGAAAAGGCACGAGAUUGUGCCUAUUUCAUUGAUAAAGAUGGGUUACAGCCGGCUAGCCGGUUAGAGAAAAGGAUACAGGAAAAGACAGAGAGGUCCCCCCCCGGUGAGACAUCUAUGGCAGGAUCGCCGCUAAGACUUUCGCCCCUGCUGUUAUCCACAUGUCAGGAUCGCCGCUAACAUCAUCUAUGAUCAUGACCUCAUUGCCAGAACCAACGAGCAGUAAACGUUCAAUCAGGAAGCUGGUGUGCUCGAAAUAGUAGAUCAAGGCCUGACCAAAGAAAGUCAUCUCCUAGGUAUUUUUUGCAAAGAUAUCACCAAGUCAUCUCCAAUGUAUCAUAUGCGCAUUCUGAAGAUAUUCUCCAGUAAAGUCAAGGCAAAGUCCUAGAUUUUGAGCAGAAAACAAGUCCUAGAUUGCAAGCUGAAGAAUUUAGCACACAGAGCUGCGUGCUCCAGUCUUUUAUCCUUCUUCGAACCGAAGACCUUUAUUUUGAGCAGAAACGAAGUCCCAGACUGCAAGCAGAAGAAUUUAGCAUACAGAGCUGCGGGCUCCAGUUUUUUAUCCUUUUUUUUUUUCUUUUGAGCCAUGACGUGUUUGCAUUCGUGUCUGGUUCAGCCUCCAGCACGAGCGAAACACAGGCAGCACUUUCAUUUUAUGAUUUGUCUAUCCACAUACAUGAAUGACUGCCAUAGAGUAGACCAACGGUCCAACGUACUCAUGUUGUUGCUCGACAAGCUGUCCAAGCUGCUGCUUUAUAUGAACUGAAAGUGCUGAAUUUUCUCCUGCA